AUGGGCGCCGAGACCUACAUCGGGUUCGAGCCCCCACCGCCCAAAGAGGACCUGGAAACCCUAACCCUCUCCGAUCACCACUCCCAAAUCCCCUCCAUUGAUCCCCCCUCCUACUCGCACGCCGUCGACGAUCCUUCAUCCUCAACUCCAAAGCGCUCUCAAUCCUCCGACUACCUCAAGAUCUCCGUCACCGAUCCGCGAAAAGAGCACGACAUCGCUCCUACAUCCCUCGUCCCUGGAUCUGCCACCUACGUGACCUACAUGAUCUCUUCAAGAACCCGUGAUCUCGCUGAAUUCAGAGUUCGCCGUCGGUUUCGAGAUUUCGUGACCCUAGCGGACCGCUUGGCCGAUUCUCACCGCGGGCUCUUCGUCCCGCCGCGGCCUGAUAAGAACACGGUCGAGAGCCAGAUGAUGCAGAAGCACGAGUUUGUAGAGCAGAGGAGGCUGCAGCUGGAGAAGUAUUUGUGGAGAUUGGCGGUUCAUCCGGUGGUUGGGAAGAGUGAGGAGCUUAGGGUUUUUCUUCGGGCGCAGGGGAAGCUGCCGCUGGUGGCGGUCCAGCCGGCGAAGGGAGGGAGGGAUCUGUUAAGGAUUUUUAAGGAGUUGAAGCAGUCGGUGACGAACGAUUGGGGAGGGGCGAGGCCGGCGGUGGUGGAGGAGGAUAAAGAGUUUUUGGAGAGGAAGGAGAAGGUUCAGGAGUUGGAGCAGCAGCUUUCUACCGCUUCUCAGCAGGCUGAAGCGCUAGUUAAAGCUCAACAGGAUGUUGAAGAAACAAUGGGACAGUUGGGAUUAUCUCUUAUCAAACUGGUAAAAUUUGAAAAUGAAGAGGCUGUAUAUAAUUCCCAGAGAAUCCGAGCUGCUGACGCAAAAUGCGUUGCAACAGCUGCUGUUAAAACUAGCAGACUCUACCGUGAACUGAACUCUCAGGCGGUCAAACAUCUGGAUAUUUUGCACGAGUAUCUUGGUGUCAUGUUGGCUGUUCGUGGUGCGUUUUCAGACCGCUCUAAUUCUUUAUUGACGGUUCAAACUCUCCUAUCAGAUCUCUCUUCGUUGCAUGCAAAGGCAGAAAAACUUGAAGUUGCAUCCUCAAAAAUAUUUGGAGGAGAUGAGUCCAGAAUCCGCAAAUUAGAGGAAAUAAGAAAAACAAUAAGAGCCACAGAAGAUGCUAAAACUUGUGCAAUCAGAGAGUAUGAAAAGAUUAAGGAGAACAACAGAUGUGAACUCGGGAGGCUUGACAUUGAAAAACAUGACGAUUUUCUGGGCAUGCUGAAAGGAUUUGUAACAAAUCAGGUUGCAUACUCGGAAAAGAUCGCCGAUGUAUGGUCGACAGUAGUAGAAGAGACAAAACAAUAUGCGAGAGAUACCGUUUAACCAGUCGUUUAUACUUGUGAAGAAGGCAGUACUCCGAAACUCUACUUACAUUUAAGUUGUAGUUUUUUCAUCAAGCAAAAUAUGUAUACUAACAGUUAGGAACUAAUCAGUGUACAUUAAAACAUUUUGGUGCAACUUCUGCCGUCCCUCUCUUCUCUUUUUCCAGUGGCUGUCGGUCUCAGUUUCUUUGUUUUUCUGGGUUAAUUGUGGAUAUAGUCUAUGUACUAUGGUGGACUUUCCCCUCGUGAAAUUCACAGAUGCUCUUUUUUUUUGGCCUA